UCCAAACCAGAUGGAGGCUGGGCGACGCGCUGUACACUGGCUUCUGCUGCUUAACAACACAGGGAGGACAACACACACACAUACUGUAGAGCAGUGGACUGUGGGCUCCGUCGUAACGCUGGGCGCUGCUAUGCUAAGUAGAUAUCAUUGCUGGUAAGAUAAAGUCUAUCAUGAGUUGAGGCUUAGUGUCUCUAACCUGGCUCCGAGCCAUACGUUAGCCGAAUGAAGUUUGACAGGCUAACGUCGGGUUUAGCUCCCUUUAAGGAGCUAGCAGUGUUGGCUACAAGUGCCGCCUGCCUCUAGCUGCCAGCUCGAGAGAACCGCUAGCUGCUCGAAGCUGAUAGUUAAAUAUUGUGACCAGCCGGUUAACACGCUAGCUGUCAAGCCUGGGAUGGUCAAGCGUUAUCUUGCUCAGUAACGUGUACGUCUGAGGGCAUCCCUUUGCUCUAUUUGGUAAGCGAGCUGACCGCAGAGAAAUGGCUUUCAUUUGUUAAUUGGCCGUUUAAGCCAGCAAUGCGUACUUCAUUGUAUUUGAACACCGUUAGCUCGCCGGCGUCGGAUUACUGCACCCUGUGGCACAGCGGUGCCCUGGCCAGAGGCGUCACACAUCGCGUUUCGCAUAAUGAGUGAUCAGUAUGUCAAGGUUCAAGUCGAGCAAAUGAAAUCAUUUGGUGAAGAUGCAGAGAAGGAGGGAGUGGAUACAGAAGAGCAGGUGCCGGGCUCCUCUCCUUCUGCCUCUGUCUCACCAGAUCAUCCCACCGGCACAGAUGCAUCCAGCACCUCUCUUCCCUGCAAACAAACAGGUAAAAGUCGCAGUAAGCCGGGCAGAGAGGACAAGAGACACACUUCUGAUGUGGCAUCGCAAGGCUCUGUAGUUUCCUCUGAGAAAAACUUAAACAGACUGGGGUAUGAGCGGACGCUUCAAGUCAAGGGAACUGGAAAGAUACUGCAGCGGAAGUCAGAGCCCAAUGGCAACUAUGUCACCAUCCACACAUCCAAAAACAUGGAAGAGAUGCGCAGAGAGGAGGGAUUCAAGCUUGCAAAGAAGAGGAGACCUGUGACGGUAGACACUUCAAAAGCCAAAACCUCUCUGGAGGCACUGAAGAUAAGCAUCAAGCAGCUAAAGUGGAAAGAGUUUCCUUUAGGAAGGCGAACAGCCUGUGAUAUCUACUGGCACGGCGUUUCCUUUCAUGACAAUGAAAAUAUCGUCUCAGGGCAGGUCAACAAGUUCCCAGGAAUGAUCGAAAUGCUGCGAAAGAUCAACCUCAGCAGAGCAGUUCGGACUAUGCAGGAGUUGUUCCCAGAAGAAUACGACUUCUAUCCCCGUUCCUGGAUCCUGCCUGAGGAGUACCAACAGUUUACCACACAGAUUCACAUGGUGAAAGAGAAGGAUGCUACAGUGAAUCCCACUUUCAUUGUCAAACCAGAUGGGGGCUCUCAGGGGGACGGUAUCUACCUCAUCCGUGACCCUAGUGACCUCAAGCUCAUGACGGGUUCGCAGGCCAAACAGGGCGUAGUCCAGGAGUACAUCCAAAAGCCGUUACUUAUUGACAAACUUAAGUUCGACAUCCGGCUCUACGUGCUUAUAAAGUCCUUGGAGCCGUUGGAGAUCUACAUUGCCAAAGAGGGACUGACACGUUUUUGCACCGAGCUGUAUCAGGAGCCAAGUCAGAAGAAUCUUAGCCACGUCUUCAUGCACCUGACAAACUACUCGCUCAACGUCCACAGCGGCAACUUCGUGCACUCAGACAGCCAGAGCACCGGCAGCAAGCGUACUCUCUCCAGCGUGCUGUACAGAUUAGCAGCUAAAGGUGUCGACAUCAAGAGGGUGUGGUCGGACAUCAUCGCCCUUGUCAUCAAGACUGUCAUCGCCGUGGUGCCUGAACUUAGAGUCUACUACCAGGCUGACAUACCACCUGGCAAACCAGGACCCACGUGCUUCCAAAUAUUAGGCUUUGACAUCUUGCUCAUGAAGAACCUAAAGCCCGUACUGUUAGAAGUCAACUCCAACCCUAGUAUGAGAAUCGAGCAUGAGCAGGAGGUGGCACCCGGAGUUUUUGAAUAUGUUCCCAGUCCGGUGGAUGAAGAGGUCAAAGUGGGCGUGAUCAGGGACACCCUGCGUCUAAUGGAUCCAGGCCACAAGAAACCCACAGUUCCCCAACAGAGGGUCGGUGGGUUUGAACAAGGAGAAGAGAUUCCCAUGGAAGAAGAAACACAAGAGAAGAGCCAAGAUGAAACGGGAACUUUGCCUUCGCUGUGUCUGAAGCAGGUCUACCCAAAGUACUCCAAGCAGUUCAACUACCUGCGGCUAGUGGAGCGAAUCGCAGCUCUCUUCAUACGCUUCCUUGGUGUGAAGGGCAACAUGCGCCUUGGCCCCACUGCCUUUCGGACCUUCAUCAGGACUUGUAAACUGAGUGGCAGCAACUUCACAAUGGCUUCAGUGGACAUCCUCUACAUAGACAUCACACGCCGCUGGUCAGGCGCGACGCCCGACUCCAGAGAAGCAGGUAACGCCAUACUCACAAACACAUAAUAAAUUAUCACAAAGGGAAAAAAUAUGUGGAGGACAGAGAGCACGGGCGUCCUCGAGACUCGGCGCAAAUACUGUGCUUGGAGAUAAUUGCUUGUCAUUCUUUGUCAGAUUUCCUCUGACACUGUAAUUGAAAUGAGCAAAGAUCACAUUGUGACAAUGGAGAAGACUACCCGACAUGAAUUAUUCAGACGUUGCACCUUCCGAGGAAUGUUUGCGAGGCGGAGCGGAUGGAUGGAGAUCACAUGGACGA